AUGGCUGAUUUGGAGGAACUGAAUUACGAUGACUUGGACGAGCUGGAUAUUGAAACCCUCCUGGCCAGGGUGGAACGGAAGCCGCUCACAUUUUCCCGCAAACAGAAUCUUAAACAAGCCCCGGAGUUCAUGCAAAGAUUAUCCGGAAAAGACACAGUAGUGGAAGGCGAUGACACGCAGUUAGAAUGUGUAGUGUGUGCAUUCCCUCGCCCGGACUUAUCGUGGUACAAGGACUCGGACCUAAUACUUCCCGAUCAUCCACGGAUGUCGGUAGUGGAGGGUGAGGAAGGAAAGUACAUUCUAAAAAUUAAAAAUGUGUGUAAGGGAGACGAGGCGGGAUAUAAGUGUAAGGCAGAGAAUUGUGAAGGGACGUCGGCGAGCACAUUUUUCUUAUUCGUUAACGUCAAACCAAAGAGAACCCCGAGGAGUAAGAACAAAAGAAGAAGAGUGUCGUACCCACCAAUGUUUUCCACCAUUGUGGAGAAAGUGGAAGAGGAGGAGGUCGCUGCUAAAGAAGCUAGGUUCGCUCCUCCUUCUCCCCUCUCAGAACUCUACGUUGGGAUUACGUUAAAAUCCAGACACACGUGGCCCAAAUUUCUGGGAGAAUGGGCAUUCGCUGAAGAUGCCAUACGAAGUUGUUCAGAGUGCAGUGAGGCGAGUGAGGACAUCAUGGAUGUGCCAGAGCCUGACGAUGUCUUCAAAUCCGAUUCACAGAUCCAUCCUUUGUGUUCCAUUCUAAAGACAUCUUCCAAGCAGUUCUUUCUGGGGGAUAUCGACGACAACGAAGAAAUCAAAAUUUCACGAGAGUCUUUUGACAAACUCAACAUUCAGUCUUCGGGGGACGGAGAAAGCUCCGGAGCUUCGGGAACGGAAAGGAAUAACAAUUUUACUAACAAGCUAGAUAAACCCAAUAAUUUAGAACUAACCUCAAAUGGUCCUCUGUUCAUGAACAAUUCUGUGUCGGCACCAGAAAUCUUCAACAACAAUAUGCAUGUGCAUCCGGAAUCUGGGUCAAAUCUUCAACACACGCAUGUGCAUUCAGAAUCCAGGUCAAAUGAUCCGGGAAAGCAUGUGCAAUCGGAUGCAUCUUCGGAACUGCAUGUACUUGGAAGUGUUCCUACAACGAAUAAAAAUUCUAGGAUUAAAAAACGGAAGCUUAGUGGUGUUCAAAUUUAUUACCGGGAAUGCGUGUUGGUGUUAAUAGUGUUCACCUUUCUGGCUCUGUGUUUUGGAAUUUCGUGUGGGCGUUUUAUUAUCACCAUACUGGGACUCCAUGUUAUUUAUGCAGUUUCUAAAAGUCUUUUGGAUAAAUAG